AUGAAUGGAGAGGAGCGGGGCAGCGGCGGAGACAUCCCUCUGUCCGGCUGUCUCUGCGGUCACUCAGCUGCUGCUGGCCCCCGCACACACAGCCAAAUGUCAGGCCGCAGGGUUGGCUUCUGUCUCAGCCAUAAGAAACGCAGGAGGAUGAACCUGGACGCGUUUGCAGACUUCUGUGCGGGCCAUGGAGUAGAAGUGGUGGAGAUUGACCUCACCCAGCCACUGGUACCCCAGGGACCCUUCGACGUUAUCGUUCACAAGCUGUCUGAUGUCAUCGUGGAGGCUGAGCAUGACAGCCAAUCGCAGCAGCUCCUUGCCAACUUCCAGAGUUAUGUGUCAGCUCAUCCCAGUACAGUUAUUCUGGACCCUCUGCCCGCCAUGACCCAGCUACUAGACCGCUUUGCUUCUUAUCGGAUCAUGAGCAAGCUCCACAAUUCACUCCGAGACUGGCGUAUCUGCAGUCCGCCUUACCUAGAGAUCAACAGUGCCAGUGACCUGUCAUCCAUUCAACAGGCUGUGAUGACCCAGGGCCUAAGCUUUCCUCUCAUUUGUAAAACCAGAGUGGCACACGGCUCACUUUCCCAUGAGAUGUCUCUGAUCUUCAGUGCAGGGAGUCUGGCUGAUAUCCAUCCUCCCUGUCUGCUCCAGAGCUUCGUCAACCACGGAGCUGUUCUGCACAAGGUGUUUGUGGUUGGAGACAGGCACUUCUACGUAGAGAGACCCUCGCUCAAGAACUUCCCCUCCGGUCCCUGUGACCGGAAAACCAUCUUCUUCAACAGUCAUCAGGUGUCAAAGCCAGAGUCAAGCUCUGAUCUCACAGCUUUGGAUGAGCAGAUGCCCUGCCUGCCUCCCCCCAGCUCCGAGGCCGUGGCCGCCCUGGUCAAAGAGCUCCGAGUUCAGCUUGGCAUGGCCUUGUUCGGCGUGGACGUCAUCAUCAACAUACACACACACACUCUCACCGUCAUUGACAUCAACAUCUUCCCAGGCUAUGAGGGAGUGCCCCUGUUUUUCUCCUCUCUGCUCAGCCACAUUGAGUAUGUGUUGGACAAACAAACCUCUGCUGGUCCCCAGGCUACAGGCUCUCCUGAGUCAGCACAGACUACAAGUGGUCCAUCUCCUGCAACAACUGGCCUUUGAGUCACCUCAGGAACAGAUCGCAGGUUGUUCUGUGUUUCAUCAGCUUCCUAGGACAAAUAAAGUCAUCGGCACCGGCUUUUUCCCUGUUUCGUUGGGGCCAAACUCAGCUGUUUCUAAGACUUUGCUUCAAUUGUAAGAAGUUAUUUAUUCGUAAUUUGUUAACAUGACUUGAUCCUAAACUGUAUCUCCUGUAAAUCACACUAAUGAUUUUGUACUGUUAAGUGAUUCUGCUCUCUUUACAAGUCGACAAACCAAACGACAACACGUAACAGUUUAAUACAUUUUGCGUUUAUUGAUUGACAAGUAGCAUAGAAGAAGAUACAGCAGGCACAAAAUACAGCACUCUGACUGGCCAGUAAUAUUACAAGUGGUGUUUUGUUAUAAUUUUUCUUUCCUGUUGUUCGAAAUGUCCUCUAUGCCCUUGUGUCACCCCCCUGCAGACAUUUCCUACGUCUUUCUUGCUGGUUUGUAAGAUACAUUUUGUGGAAAUAUUUUUGCACUUCUAUAGAAAAAAGAAAACUACAGUACAUCAAUUUUUCAUUUAUUCGCAAGGGAACAAACAUCUCAUCUUUGGAAUAGACAAUAAUGAGCUCAUCAGUGUUGACUGAUCAUAUGUGUUAUAUUUAUACUACGUGUUUACACAAGUCGACCGGCUACUUUGCCAGUGUUGAAAUACAUAAAUGUAUUGUAAAUCUUGGCUGUGUAGAAAAAGAGAGAUUAUAUCUGCUGUAUGAGUACUAUAUGAUGCAUUUUGAAUACAUAUUUAAAUAUAUUAAAUAAUUCAUUAUUUGGCUAAUUAUUGCA